AUGACCUUUAAUGAUGAUUUAUUGGUGACCUGCAGUCGAGAUGACAAUAUCAAAUUUUGGCGGUUAUCGGGUGAAGAAGCGGUGCCGACAUUCGAAUGUGAAGUGAGCGUUGGACCACAUGUGCUUCUGGAUUCUUUGAAACCACAUUCAACGGCUGCAAAUAUACUUGCUACUGCUGCUCUAGGAGAUGCUUAUGUAGUUGAUGUCGAGCGAAAGACAUCUGUUAUCUCGCUCACCGGUUAUGAGGAUAAAGGACAGUCCAUGGACUGGAGCGAUGAUGGCAAACUUCUAGCAAUUAGCGCUGAUAAGGGACGUCAGGUUAGUGAAAUAGCAUGCAUCCCACAUCAAUGUUUUGCUUGCGGUGGGCUAGCAUCUAAUGUUCCAGGUAUAUGUUUACGAUGUCCGAAGUGGCUCUUCACCGAUACAUACCAUGGCUACACAUCAAGGAAUGGGACGAGAAUCACGCGUACUUUUCUGUGGUGA